CCGCGCCCGGCUGCGCGCCGGCCGACCGGCCAUGGCAGGAGCCGGAGGCGGCGGCUGCCCUGCGGGCGGCAACGACUUGCAGUGGUGUUUCUCGCAGGUCAAGGGGGCCGUGGACGAGGACGUGGCGGAAGCUGAUGUCAUCUCGACUGUGGAGUUUAGUCACUCUGGAGACCUUCUUGCAACAGGAGACAAGGGCGGCAGAGUGGUUAUUUUCCAGCGGGAACAAGAGAAUAAAAGCCGCCCUCAUUCCAGGGGGGAAUAUAACGUUUACAGUACCUUUCAAAGUCACGAACCAGAGUUUGACUAUUUGAAGAGUCUAGAAAUUGAAGAAAAAAUUAAUAAGAUUAGGUGGCUACCACAACAGGGCGCUGCUCGUUUUCUGCUCUCUACAAACGAUAAAACUAUUAAAUUAUGGAAAAUAAGUGAACGGGAUAAAAGAGCAGAAGGCUAUAACUUAAAAGAUGAAGAUGGACGACUUCGAGAUCCACUUAGAAUCACGGCACUACGGGUCCCAAUAUUGAAGCCCAUGGACCUCAUGGUAGAAGCAAGUCCACGACGAGUUUUUGCAAAUGCUCACACAUAUCAUAUAAAUUCCAUUUCAGUAAAUAGUGAUCAUGAAACGUAUCUUUCUGCAGAUGACCUGAGAAUUAAUCUAUGGCAUUUAGAAAUCACAGACAGAAGUUUUAACAUCGUGGACAUCAAGCCUGCCAACAUGGAAGAGCUGACAGAGGUGAUCACAGCGGCCGAGUUCCACCCGCACCAGUGUAACGUGCUCGUCUACAGCAGCAGCAAGGGGACCAUCAGACUGUGCGACAUGCGCUCCUCCGCCCUGUGCGACCGCCACUCCAAGUUUUUUGAAGAGCCGGAAGACCCCAGCAGUAGGUCCUUCUUCUCAGAAAUAAUCUCUUCUGUGUCCGACGUGAAAUUCAGCCACAGCGGCCGGUACAUGAUGACCCGAGACUACCUGUCGGUGAAGGUGUGGGACCUCAACAUGGAGAGCCGGCCUGUCGAGACCCACCAGGUCCACGAGUACCUUCGAAGCAAGCUGUGUUCCCUGUACGAAAAUGACUGCAUCUUUGACAAGUUUGAGUGCUGCUGGAACGGCUCCGACAGUGCAAUCAUGACUGGGUCCUACAACAACUUCUUCAGAAUGUUCGAUAGGACUACAUGGAGGGAUGUUACGCUGGAAGCUUCCAGGGAGAACAGCAAGCCUCGCGCCAGCUUGAAGCCUCGCAGAGUGUGUGCAGGUGGGAAGAGAAAGAAGGACGAGGUGAGCGUGGACAGCCUGGACUUCAGCAAGAAGAUUCUGCACACAGCCUGGCACCCAGUGGAGAACAUCAUUGCCGUGGCUGCCACCAAUAACCUGUACAUAUUCCAGGACAAGGCCAACUAAGGAGGCAGCGGGACCUGCGUCUCGUGCAGAAUCGCGCCUGCUCGUUUGGUGCCAGAGGACAGGCGACAUCCUCUCUGUGAAGAGCAGGGACGCCCUCCUGCCUCCGCCCAGACUGCACGGGCUGGCCGCGCGGGUGCCCGCGGGCUUCUGCUUCAGCAAGGUGAGCCCUGGGUGUCGCUGCUCAGGUGAGAAGCCCGCUCGAAGCAGAGUGAUGGACAGGACUCAGAAGAGGCCAUUGCUAAAAUAAACAUAUUUAUUGAAGUCUGAGCCUUCCUUCCAAUUUAUAGACCAAAAGUUAACAUCCAAGAGGAAAGCUGUCAGAUUCAGUGUCUGCUCCUGUCGAGCUCUCCUCCUCCUCUGCUGUCAUCCUGGGGCCUCCACGUGCGUGGCUGCUGCCCGCCUUCCCUCGGCCUCUCUCAGCCCAGGCAGAGCCUCGGCCGGCGCGGAGAUUCGGCCGAGCGGGCUCAGGCCGCUUUACUCCCAUCGCGCCUCUGGUGUAACCGCCUAAUAAAAGCAACACACUCUAAAAAGUGUUUUUAAGUCCAAAAUCAGUAUCGUCUUUUUAUUUGAUUUAAUUGCAUAUAAUGAAAUUAUGCAGAAUUCAACUUUAAAAAUCUUUUGUCCUUCGUUAACAGAAUGGUGGAACGUGUGCAGUACUUCAAACUCUGAACGUAUGUAUCCACAAACUUCCAUAACUUUUUUGUUUCUGUAGAAAUGGUACAUCUGACACACCAGGUAAGGUCUGGAAAGAGCCUUAACUGCAGCUGCCGCUGAGAAAGAAAAUCCCAAGGAGUAGUAACAGAAUCGCUGCUGAAAAAGUAACACGUGGUUUAAAGUAUGCCUCAAAUUCACUGCAGUUGAACACUUACGUGCUUUUUAAACCUUUGUAACAGUACUUCGUGGGAAGAGGGUAACAGGCUUCUAAAAACUGCUGGAAUUAUAUGCAUGACGAAUUUCACUGCAUUUCAAGGCAGCAAAAAUUAAACAAUUUUAAUUAUUAUGUAAUGCCACCAGUACCUUGGUGGUUUACUUUAAAAGUAGGUUGAUAUCGGAAAUCAAGAUUUCCCAAGACAAAAAAAUACAGAGGUAACAACACUAAGUGAUUGGCGCUUGCUGCCGUGAAAUUUCACACAGGAGCCCGAGACCCAGUCCUCCAGGGGACGGGACAGCUGGGGCUCACGUGCUGCUCUUGAAAUUAAGGUGUAUUUUGGUUACUGGUGAUAUGGAGAUGCAAGAACAAAUGUCUUGUCAACUCAUUCCCCUGAAUUAAUGUUAACAGGAUGCCACGUUAGCUCACAUUACGUCGGAAAUAGAGAAUCAGCAAGUCCAUUUAUUUUAAUUUAAAGGUAAUUCUAUUACUGCGUAUUGGUUGACGCAGUUCACAAACCUGAGAUGUGGAACAGAGUUGUCUAAGUAUCAGUCAACCCUGGCCCUUAAGGUAAAGCAGUUCUAGUAAGAUGGGGUUGUAUUUACUUGUUCAACUAUUUUGACCAAAAAGUUUAAUAAAUUUCAGAUGUUUUACCAGA